UGAUAGCAUGGACUCAGUACAUACUGGGGCCUCAAACUACGCGGACUUAUUCACUAUGUGGCUAUAUAUAGCUCUAGGGUUAGUUGCUUUAGCAUAUAUUGUGUUCAAAAGUGGCAAAUAUGACUACUGGGAGAAAAGAGGAGUGCCGACGGCAUCGGGAAACGAAUGGUUCUUUGGACACUUCAAGCCGAUUUUUCUGUUGAAGAAACAUUUGGUUGAAGUUAUUCAAACCAUUUAUAAAGAAUUUCCUGAUGCACCAUUAGUUGGCUACUAUGUGAUGAAUGUCCCGACUUUGAUGGUCAGGGACUUGGACAUCAUUAAAACGAUCCUUAUUUCGGAAUUCUCAAGCUUCAAUUCAAAUGGAAUGAAGUAUGACAAGAAAGCUGACCCGCUCGCCGCAGCCCACCCAUUUUUCCAAUCUGCAGAAGAAUGGAAAACUACCAGGGCCCAAGUAACGCCAUCACUAACUCUGGCCAAGCUAAGAGGCUAUAUCCCUAAUAUAUUCAAAGUGGCAGACGUCAUGGUCAACCAUGUGAAGAGGAGCAAAUCAAAAGAAAUUGAGACACGAGACUUGGGAAUGAGGUAUGGUACAGAUGUCAUAGGAAAUGCCAUAUACGGCAUAGAAAACAAUUCAUUUGAAAGUGAUGACUCCCUUGUUUCGCAUUUAACAAAAGAACUGGAAUUUGAGAGCUCUAUUAAAGAAAACAUUAAGUACUUCUUUAAAAAUAUGCCAAUAAUAAGUUGGUUGUUCCCUGCGAGAUUAGCAACACUAAAUCUCCAACACAUGAUGGUCGCGAUGACCCGCAAGAUAGUGAAACAGAGAUUGGAGACCGGCGAAAAACGAAACGAUUUGAUACAACUGCUUCUAACGCAGAAGGAAAAUGAUACAAAAGGAAUAAUUACAGAUGAAUAUAUGAGUGGACAAGUAUUCGUAUUUAUAAUAGAUUUAUACGAGACUGGAAGUAACGUUAUAGCAUUGCUUUUAUACUUACUUUCGAUACACCCUGAAAUCCAGGAAAGGCUCCGAUCUGAAAUUAAAGAUAUAAAAGCAAGAAACAAAGGCGAAUUCACCGCUGAAGAUAUUGAGGGGGCAAAAUAUCUUGAAAUGGUGUAUAAUGAAUUGUUCCGGCUGUUCAACUUUUUGCUCUCUCGCGAAUGUACCAGCGACUGUCUCGUGCCUAUGCCUGGAUCUGAACCCUUCAAGAUCACCAAGGGUACAUCCGUCGUUAUACCAGUAGCAUGUAUUCAAAAGGACCCAAAAUACUACCCGGAUCCGGAAAAGUUUGACCCGGAGAGGUUUACUGAAGAAGAGGUGGCUAAGAGACCAAUGUUUACAUAUAUGCCGUUUGGAGAUGGACCUAAAAAGUGCAUAGGUGCUCGCAUGGUUACACUACAUAUAAAGAUAGCGCUUAUCAAGAUCCUCGACAACUUCAAGUUGACACCAUCACCUAAAACGAAGUAUCCAUUUGAGAUUGACCCGCGAUUUACGCUUACUCUUCGUCCUAAAGGCGGUUCUUGGGUUAAUUUUGAACCAAUUAAUUAGCAAUAUGGUUUUUGAUGAUUUACUUGCGUCUGCAAUAAAUAUUAGAUAAAACUUUAAACUCUCGCGUUUUGUACACAUAUUUAAUUACACAAACGGUAGACCCGUGAUAUAAUUUCAUUGUUUUUGCUUUGAUUCCGACGUUUCAGCUGAGUUACACCAAGGCUAUAACCGCGAAAAUCGAAGUUCGCAAAUUGCGGGGUUUUUUUCUGUCACUCUAAUUACGCCUUCAUUGGAGUAAAAGAGAAAGAUCCCCGCAAUUUGCGAAUUUCUGUUUUCGCGGUAGCCGCUCAGCUGUGUCAGCUAUCUCCGUUGACGCUGUCCCACAGUCAGUCAGUCUUUCUGUGACCAAAGCUGGUGCAACGCAGCUGAAACGUCGUAAGGUCAUAAGGUAACAACAAUGAAAUUAUAUCGCGGUAGACCCGUUUGUGUAAUUAAAUAAAUAUUCAAUAAGUUGGGAAAAACGUCGUAUAAGUUAGAGUAAGUACAAGUUUACUAACUGUUGUCAGAAAAGUUAUGUUUUGAUAUUUAGCACAGCAGAAAUAUGAUUGCAUUGAAAAUAAAAACACAAACAUAGAGUCCGUAAGAUUUUUUAUGUGGGAACACCACAAAAGAUGUACUAGUUUUACAGUAAUUUAAAUCCCAUCAAAAACAUAAAUGUAAAAAAGGAGAGCCAAGUUCAAUACAAAAAUUAUGCUUGGCUGUGGGGUU